CCAAUUCCAGGAACUCACAGGCUGGGCGUGGUGGGGUUCCUCUUUCAAAACCUCUGGCAGAGGUCUGAUUUACAACUGCACGGAGUCAAGCUCGCUGCAGCUGUUGCAGCAGAGACGCCUUUGCUUCACCUCUGAAGGGUUCUCCAUCUCGCUUCCUCUGAGUUCUCCUUCAGUGGCACAGGCUGAACGUGCCAGGAAGGCUUUUUUAGAGGGUCACCCAGAACCAGAGCAAUCUACUGAGGGUAGAUCCCAGGAAAGCAUCGAGUCACCUCCGUCUCGCCACACAGGUGCGGAGCCUUCAAACGGGUGAUUCUUUAUGAGGUGAAGUCAGGAGGUUCCUCGGGCAGUAGAUUAUUUGAGAGGCACCAGCAGGGCAGCCGGAUGCCCCCUGCCACUAUCGGAGCAGCUGUCUGGGACCAAGCUGGCCUAUCCAAGGAGAGCUUCUCCUCCUCCUCACACGCCCUGGAAAGCUUGCAAGAAGCACGAGCUGAGAAGAGGAGGCUGGAGGCAACCUGUCUUCCUCGCCACUCUUCGCAUCACUCUCAAAGCUUGCAAGGCUCAGUUUUGAAAGGGGACUGCCGGCCCGCCCCACAGACAUGGGGUAGGGCAGCAUUUGGCACCUUUCCUCAGGUAGCGGCGCCACAGUGCCUUGGCCUGCCCCCACCUUCAGCGCCCCCCAGAAUGGAGAAACAAAGCAGCAGUGGGUCAGAAGAAGAAGAAGCUCCUGCCCCACAUUCUUCUGAGGCAAGUCAAGGAAGCAAAAGAGUGCAGCAGGAAAGUCCUUGGAUCUCUCGACUCUGCUCGGUUCAGAUAACAGGUCUUGCCUCGUGGUACCUCUUGCCCUUGGGAGCAGCUGCCCUUCUAGUGCUGGGAGGCCAGGGCUCCUUCGGGCUGCCGGUUUCCCAAACGGACCACCUCUCUCAAAUGGAAAAUGGGACAAGUCCACUUGUCAAUGCCUCCAAGGAAGGAGAAAGAUCAGCAGGCUCCUCCUCACACUCUCUCCGCCAUUUUUACACUGCAGUUUGGGAGCCUGGCCAGCGGCUGCCCUAUUUUACUGCGGUGGGAUACAUGGACGACCAACUCUUUGUUCAUUAUGACAGUGGCACAAGGGAGGCCCUGCCUCAAGUCCCCUGGAUUAAAAAGGUUGAGAAGGAGGAUGUACAUUACUGGGAAUGGAACACGGUGACUAUGCGGAAGUCUGAGCGACGGUUUAGUGGGGACCUGGAGACCCUGCAGAAACAUUACAACCAGAGCAGAGGGCUUUACACGUGGCAGCACAUGUAUGGUUGUGAACUGGGCAAGAAUGGCCAGAUAAGAGCCUAUUCUCAAUACAGCUACAGUGGGAGGGACUUCCUCAGCUUUGACAAGGAGACCCUCACCUGGACAGCAACUGAUGCCACAGCCCAGAUCUUCAAGAGGAAGUACGAUGACAACCUGGAGUAUUCCCAAUAUGUGAAGGAUUACCAAGAAGGGAUCUGCAUUAACCAGCUGAAGAAAUUCUUGGAGGAUGGAAAAAAGAGUCUUCUGAAGAGAGAACCCCCAACUGCGAAGGUGACCCGCAAGGAGGGUUAUGAUGGGCUGGAAAUCUUCACCUGCCGAGCCCAUGGCUUCUACCCCAAGGAGAUCGACAUCAACUGGAAGAAGGAUGGGGAGGUCUGGCUGCAGGACACGUUCCAUGGAGGGGUCUCCCCUAACUCCGAUGGGACCUACCACACCUGGCUCAGCAUUGAGAUUGACCCCAGAGAGAAGGACCAUUACCAGUGCCAUGUGGAACAUGAUGGCUUGCCAGAGCCCCUGGUCUUGACCUAUCGAGAGCCUGGUGGCUCCUCCCAUUCCAUGCACCAUUCUUACACGGCAGUGUGGGAGCCUGGCCAGGGACGGCCUCAUUUUAUGGCUGUACAGUACAUGGAUGACCAGCUCAUGGUCCGCUAUGACAACAUUACCAAGAAGGCCAUGCCUCAAGUCUCCUGGAUGGGGAAUGGCUCCUACUUGGCCAGGAGCACUAUGGUUAUGCAAACGGCUGAGCGGAGGCUGCGUGGGGACCUGGAGACUCUGAAGAAAUUGUACAACCAGAGCAGAGGGUUUUACACAUGGCAGCACAUGUGUCGUUGUGAGCUGAGCAAGAAGGGUCAGAUAAGAGCCUAUUCCCAGUACAGUUACAAUGGGAAGGACUUCCUCAACUUUGACAAGGAGAUGCUCACCUGGACAGCAACUGAUGCCACGGCCCAGAUCUUCAAGAGGCAGUACGACGCAAAUUUGGAUUAUUCCCAUCGUGUGAAGGCUUACCUAGAGGUGAUCUGCAUUUCCAGGCUGCAAAAAUUCUUGGAAGAUGGAAAGGAGACUCUGCUGAGGAAAGAACCCCCAACAGUGACACUGACACAGAAAACAGGUUACGGCGGACUAGAAGUCUUCACCUGCCAAGCCUACGGCUUCUACCCCAAGGAGAUCGACAUCAACUGGAAGAAGGAUGGGGAGGUCUGGCUGCAGGACACGUUCCAUGGAGGGGUUACUCCUAAUUCAGAUGGGACCUACCACACCUGGCUCAGCAUUGAGACUGACCCCAGAGAGAAGGACCACUACCAGUGCCAUGUGGAACAUGAUGGCUUGCCAGAGCCCCUGGUCUUGACCUAUAGGGAACCUGCCUCCAUGCCCAUUAUGAGGCACAUUGUGGGAAUCACCGUGGGAGUUGGUGUCAUCCUGAUUGGGGCUGCUGGGAUCUUCAUCUAUAUGAAGAUGGCUAUAUGAAGAGGAAGAGGAAGAGGAAGAAGAAAUGCUUUGAAGUGUGGAAAUGCGUAUUUCAUCACCCUUAUACUGUCUUAUUCAAAGUUUUGGAUUGGACCUGUCUCAGAAGGAGGUGAUGCAUUGAGUGGUUUUGAUUUUUGAACAGCAUACAAGGACGGAAUGUGCCUAACAAGACUCAGCCACCUUUGUAUAGCACUGAGGAUAAUUUUAUUUAUUUAUGUAUUUAUUGUUGAAUUUAUAUACCACCUUUCAUUAAAACAAUCCCAAGGCAGUGUUUUACAUCAAAACAUUUGCUGUUUUACUACA